AUGUCGUCGACUUCGAUAUUGAGAGUCGCAGCUCGUGCGCAACCAUCUACCUUCUUCCGUGCCAAUGGCCUCCGUAGCCUGACCCCUCGCGGUGCGAACGCCUUCUACGCUGUCCCAGCCAUGAUCGCGACCUCUGGAUCCAUCAACAGCUUCAGCACUACCAGCAGACUUCGUUCUGAUGCAGGUCACGGCGAGGAGAGCUUCGAGGAGUUCACUGCCAGAUAUGAGAAGGAGUUCGACCAAGUUCAAGAUGUUUUCGAGCUUCAGAGAAACUUGAACAACGCCUUCGCAUACGAUCUCGUCCCCUCGCCCUCUGUCCUCACCGCUGCGUUGAAAGCUGCGAGAAGAGUCAAUGACUUCCCUACCGCUGUACGGAUCUUCGAGGGAAUCAAAGCAAAGGUCGAGAACCGUGGCCAGUACGACCAAUAUCUCGAGGAGCUCAAGCCACUUCGGGAAGAGUUGGGCGUCCUACUCAAGGAGGAUCUCUACCCUGAGGAAUCCAAGUAG